AUGGUAGCUCAUUCUGAGGAUUUUGAUGUUUUAGUCAAUAGUACAUCACCAGAACUAGAACUGAAGGCAGGGUUUGUCUCCAGGAAAAUUUUAGAGACAGCUGGUCCAGAAAUUCAAAAUGAAUGCAAGAAGAAUUAUAAAGGUGGCAUCAAAGUAGGAAAAGUAGCAGUUACGAAAGGAUAUAAUUUAAAAUGCAAGUUUGUGUUUCAUGGAUGCAUGUAUAAAUAUGAUCCUGAUUUUCCUGCUGAACCACUUAAGAGUGUGAGAAUAUUUGUGAGGAAUUGCUUGGAAACUUCAGACAAAUUGAAGAUGGAAUCAAUAGCCUUCCCAGCUCUAGGCACUGGACAACUUGGUUAUAAUCGAAGAGAUAUUGCAAAUAUUAUUUUUAAAGAGGUCGAAAAAUAUGAAAAAGAAGUUAAAAUAGGAUCUCUGAAUCGAGUGUGCUGUGUAAUAUAUCAGGGGGAUAUUGACUCCAUCACGGAAUUUCAGAAAAGACACUCGGUGUGGAUAAAAGAUCACAAGAAAGAGAUGUAUCAAGAACUAGUAGUGACAACAGACAGACCAGAAAUUCUUGAAGAAAUCCGACAGGAGGUCCUUAAUAUGAAGAGCACUAAACUAACUGAACCACCAAGGUCAGAAAUAUCUGAAACAGAGAGACUUGGUGAAACAACAACACUUAAAGGUGCAGAAAAAAAUGUUUCCAGAAAUCAGUUUCAGGAGUCUGGCCCUAACCUUUGUAGGGAAAAACCUGAGUUAGACAAUAUGGAGCUCAAGGAAUCCACUUUUCACAAAAGAACUGAUCCCAUGUCCAAAGAAAGACAAUGUGUUUUGCUGAAAUUCAGAGAACCAAACAAACAUAGAUUACAGGAGACAGAAGUGAGAAAAGACUUCAGGGAUCUAGCAGAAAAUAUUGUUUGUCCCUUUCAAAGUGACAACCAGGCACUACUGCAAUUUUCCUCUGAAGAUGGAAUUGAAAGAGUUUAUCAGAUGGAGAGCUUGAAGUGGAAAUAUGAUUUGCAAAGGUUUCCUCAACAAGCAGUGAUUGAUUUGAGGGCAGUUGUAAGUCAAAAAAUGGUGAAACUAUUGAAACAGAGGGGUAUUACAGAAGAUCUAAUUAGACAGAAAUCUGGUGUUACCAUUGAUCAGAAAGAGCCGAGUAGCAUGGUUCUUUGUGGAAACGUACUGGAAGUCAAAGCAGCUUUUGACUUUUUAUCAUCAUUGCUAAAAAAGCCAUUGGAUAAUUUGGGAGAACAAGCUUCCACUGAAGAUAAUCAACACAAGACAGAUGUGGAAACUUCAAUCACAAACACAGAUCAUUUGAAACAAAUGUCUGAUUCUGAGAAGAUAACAGAAGAAGCUAAAACUGCUCCAGAACAACUGCAACAAUUUGAAAAAUCAUCUUUAAAGCUUUCACAAGUCUCUUUUACAUCAUCAAUGGCACCAUCCACACAUAGUGUCAAUACAAAAGAUGAUCAGAAAAAAGAGUUGGGAACUGUUGAUUCUGAAAUAUACCAGCCUUCUUAUGCAGAAAGAAAUUUGAAAGGUCCUGAAAUGCAAUGUACAUAUGAGGAUUAUAUCAAGCUGAGGCAUUUUUACAAAUACAUUCUAGACAAUAUUAAGGAAAAGUGGAGUCCCAAGAAGACUACUGUUACUAUGCGAUUUGCAAAUGAGGAUCAUAAAGCAAAAUUGGAGAGUAUGUUGCAGAGAAUUAGCCGGAUGAGUAGGAAAACUAUUGCUGUGCAGAGUAAACUUGAUUUCCUAGAUGAACUUCUUCAGCAGAAAUGUAGCAAUGAUCUAUUCUGCUACUUGACUAAAGAUAAUGAUAAAAUAGAGAUCAUUGGAAAUAAGAAAAAAAUUGUUGAAAAAGCUGAAAAAGAGUUAGAAGAAUUACUUGCUCCUAAAACUGGCAUAGAGGAAGAAGUAGAAAAUUCAAUACCGUUACCUGUAUUUAUAACUAAUGAAGGAAUAUCAGUAUUUGUCUACCAUGGUUCUCUCUUCACAGCAAAAGUAGAUGCGAUAGUUUGUCCUAUAUCAAACAGAUUUGAUUUACAUGGAUUACCAAAGGUUAUUGCAGAGAAGGCUGGGCCUGAGUUUAAGAAGAAAGUUGAUGAAAUUCUUCAAAGACAUAAUGGAAAACUUCCAAAGGAUUUUGUAUGCGUUAUUCCAGGAGGAGAAAUUCCAUCUUGCAAAUAUGUUGUGAAUAUUGUAACUGAUAGAACGAAGUCAAUGGAAGAUAAAGAAUGCAAGCAGUCUCUUCAGUUCAAAAUGCUUCAGAUAUGUCAAGAAGCCAAAAAAAAGGAAUUACAAUCCAUAGCAUUACCAGCUAUUUGUUCAGGAAAGACGGGAUAUCCAAAAGAGAUCUGUGUCAAUUGCUAUGCAAGCAGCAUUGUGAAAUAUAGCAGUUCAGUAGAUGAUAUGAAGGGCCUGAGGGAAAUACAUUUUGUGGAUCAGUCAGAAGAAAUGAUCAUCUACAUUGAAUCUGUGUUCUCUAAUCCAGACAUGAUUGAAGAAUUUAAAGUGGAAGAACACCCAGACACACAAUCUGAUAAUAAAAAUCAGCCAUCUUUAUAUCCAUACAUGGAUGAAGACAACACAUGCUACUUGAAUGAAUGUCUGAAAAUAAGUGUCAUUAAGAAAGACAUUUCAAAAGUAGGAUCAGAUAAAGGGACAUUGGUAUAUAAUGAAAAUUUGGAAGAAGCUUCCCCAUUAGAGAAAUUUUUUAAAUUGCAAAUUGGAAAUUUUAUAGGAAAAAACAAACAGCAAAGUGAUCCUGGUAAUAUUGGAGAUGUUGAACUAGUUAAUGAUACUUCUAGAAGGUUUGAGUUUAUUUUGAAAGUGUAUUUGCCAGUUUGGGACAAAAAUAUGAAAAGUCAAAAGCCUGAAAAGGAAAGGGAAACUUUCUUGAAAAGUUUGUCAUUGGGUUAUGCCAAGAUCUUUGAAGAAGCCAUAAAACUGAACCUUUUUCAUUUGAUACUACCAUUGUAUGGAGCAGUGGAAGGGAAUAAUGCAACCACAAAGGACAGUGCUUCAUGCUUUAUCCAGGAACUUACAAUAUUUGCCAAGAGAUGCAAAUCCUUCCAGAAGGAACCAUUUUCUAUUGUGAUGGCAAAUAAAGACCAACUGACUCAUGAUAUAAUUCUGAAGGAGUUGAAAGAUUUUGUUGAAAGUGAACAGGCAGGAUUUCAUAAUCAACAGGCAAGAUUUCAACUACCAAGAAGUUGUAGAAGAAAAAAUCAAAGAAGAGCAGAAAGGUGGAAAUCUGGAGACCAACCAAAAGGAAUAAUGUGCAAAAAGCUCCAUGAUCAUUUUCCAGGUGCCUUCGACAAUUGUAAAACAAUAGAAUUGAAAGUUCGAAUUCCAAAUGGAACACAGGAGAGUUUUCAUCCAAAUCCAGGAAAACAUUUUAUAGGACGCAAAGAAAGUAUUUUUCUUCCAGACAAUACAAUGGGAAGAAAAAUUGCUGGCUUGUAUAUGAAAGCUUUUCAACAAGGAAUCCUUUAUACAUUAAGUACUAGUCGAACAUCUGGUGUAGAGAUGGUUAUGCCCACAGACAUACCUAUUGAUUCAAAAAGAUUUGAGCUGUGUGUGAGAAAAAAUAUCAAAAUGGCUUCAAACUCAGGUGGGAAAAUCCCUCUAACAGCUGACCCUGGAGGCAGCAGUACAGAGAAUGGUGGUGUCGCUGUUGGUAAUGUAGAUAAUGCAUGCAAUACUGGUACAUUUGAACUCAGUGAUAAACAUUCUGAAUGUGGCCACACUGUUGAGGGUAUGGUCCCCCCUACUGGACAUGCCCAGAGAGAAGGUGAGAUUAAUCAGGCAUCUGCUUCAUAUCAUGCUGAAGAGGACAUCAAAAUGGGUAAGAAUUUUCCUGAAGCAAAUAACCAAGUUCCAGUUAAGGAUAAAAAAGUAUUGGCAGCAAACAAUGAUUAUACAACUUCCCUAGACAAAGACAACUCAUUCAAAGAUUCUAACAAAGUUGAAUUUCAAAUCCCAGCUUGUAAAGCAUCUGAUAAUGUUAAAGAAAUGGCAGAUGAAAGACAGGGUAAUGAAAACAGACAGCUGAACAAAACAGAAGAUGAUGAUACAAGACCUUGUUAUGAAGACAUCAUUGGGCAGGACCUUCUGGAGUUCACACAAGAGUCAGUUAAAUUAACUGAAAAUUUAUCUGAUUUCAAUGAAAUGGACAAAACUGUUAGUCAUAGCAAAGAGAGUAAUAAUGAAGUGAAAACUGAUGAACAGACCAAGACAGGGCAAAGCAAGACCAUAAUUUUUGAAGGUGAUGAAGAAAACAGAGGAUCCAAACCCUUUGAUUCAGAAAAAAACGUGGAAGAAAGUGCUAGUUUUGUUAAAGAAACAUCUAUUUCUUCAGAUAAAAUAAGUGCCAAAGUUGAAAAAAAAUUAAGUGAAUCAAGAUUAGAAGAAAAUAAGACUAAGUAUGGGAAGAAGGUUGAUGAUCAAGGGAGUAGAGACACUAUAGCAAAUACUGAAGGUGAUGAAAUGGGCAGUAGAGACACUAAAGCAAAUACUGAAGGUGAUGAAAUGGGCAGUAGAAACACUAAAACAAAUACUGGAGUUGAUGAAAUGGGCAGUAGAAACACUAAAUCAUAUACUGAAGGUGAUGAAAUGGGCAGUGGAAACACUGAAGCAAAUACUGAAGGUGAUGAAAUGGGUAGUAGAAACAAUAAAGCAAAUACUGGAGUUGAUGAAAUGGGCAGUAGAAACACUGAAGCAAAUACUGAAGGUGAUGAAAUGGGCAGUAGAGACACUGUAGCAAAUACUGAAGGUGAUGAAAUGGGUAGUAGAGACACUAAAGCAAAUAGUGAAGGUGAUGAAAUGGGCAGUAGAAACACUAAGGCAAAUAAUGGAGUUGAUGAAAUGGGCAGUAGAAACACUAAAGAAAUUACUGAAGUUGAUGAAAUGGGCAGUGGAAACACUAAGGCAAAUACAGAAGGUGAUGAAAUGGGCAGUGGAAACACUGAAGCAAAUACUGAAGGUGAUGAAAUGGGCAGUAGAGACACUGAAGCAAAUACUGAAGGUGAUGAAAUGGGCAGUACAAACACUAAAGCAAGUACUGAAGGUGAUGAAAUUGGAAGGCCAGACACAAUUAUGGAUGCAAAUGAAGUUUCUACAACAGAAUCAGGUACAACUGAGAAAAAUCCAUCUACAAUUUGUAAGAUGGGUGAAAAAGAAACCUUGAACCCUAGAGAACAUGAUAAUGUAGAUGCAGUGAUGAGGGAAAAACAAGAUAAAGAAAGUGAACAGUUUAAACAUAUGGAUGUUGAACAGGAUGACUUCAAAGAAAAAGACAACACUGAUCAGCACCCUUCAAAAUCUUCACAGGAAAUGGAUGAUAAUGCUAAAAAGUCAACUCAUAUCAAAGGAAAGUCAGAAAACAACCCUAGUGAUGAAAAUAAACCCAGAGAAACUGAACAAGAGCUCAAGGAAGGGAAUGGAGAGAGCUGUGAUGCUGUGGUUGAAAAGGUGUCAAUUAAUUUUAAACAUGGAGAUUCUUUGGAUAGAGAUAUGGUCAAUACUCAUGAAUUCAGUAAAAAUGUCAUUGCAUUGACAGGAUCUUCUGGAGCUUCAGAAAAAAGAAAUGAAUUAAAUGGUAGCUCAUUUCAGGAGGGAGAUGGAUCUACAGAAGAUGAUAUUGGUGCUGCUAAAAAAUUACAAUUCAAUUUUGUGGCCAAAGAAUAUGUUGAUGUUGGAGAACAUGUCCAGGAAAACUCUCCUGUUGUAAAGCAGCCUUCAGGGGUUUCUGGACAGAAUCACUCUGAUGAAAAUAUUAAAGUUUCAUCCAUUGUACCAACUAUGAAAAUACACUCACUUGAAACUCCAUUAAAAGAUCUACAAGACAAUGGUGUCUUUUAUUUGAGCAUACAGGAUACUAAAAAUCCAAGCAUUAGAGGGGAUUCUAUUCUUCAAAACAUCCAUUCCAUUGACCAAAAAAGCAGAGUAUACAAUACAUCAGAUUCACAAUCUCAGAAUUCUGGUGGUGCUAAAGGGAGGAAUGUCCAAUUGAAAAGAAUUAAUCCUGAAGAGAAAGUUCUAGACAAAGAUAAUGUUACACACCAAGCAAGGUCUUUUGGUAUCUCAUCAUGUGAAAUGAAGAGCGAUGAAAGAAAAAUUUCUUUUGAUACACCAACAAAGCAAAUGGAAUUUACUGAAGGAACAAGAGGGAGAUACCUUGAAUAUGAAAUGUCAAAAGGAGAAAUCCUAGCUGUUGAUGCAACACAAAAAGAAGACACCAGUCCCAUGAAAGAUGAAAGCAUGCAUACUGGGACAAUUCCUAAUCAUAAUCAUGAAUUUAUUAAAGAAUUUGAGAACAAGAAGAAGGAUUCAGAGAAGAAGUUGUUUCACCAAGAAGCUACAUAUUUAAAAAUUGAGUCUACCUUAUCUGGAUUAAAUGAAGAUAGUGAAAGUUCAGAUGUGGAAGGUGAUAGUCAGUCUGUGAAAUGUGGAAAUGGAGAGGAGCUUCCUGAGAUGAACAGAAAUUUGAGCCAUCCAGAUACAACUUCAGUCCAAGUUCAGAGAUCAUUAAAAAUAACAAAUUUUGAAAACCAGCUGGACUUGUUAUUUGAUGAUAUUUUGUCUGAUGAUACAACUUUAAAAGAAAAUACAGAAGAAUGGAGGAAAAAUACGAAAAAGAAACUUUAUAGUUUAAUGAUUAACAAUCUUCAUGUAUUAAGUCAAGAAUUGACUUCCUUUGUUGGAGGUGUCUCAAAUGAUGAGAUAGCUUUAGAGAAUCAAAAUGAAGAACAUCAAGGAGCCAAGACAUCAAAGGCAGCUCUUGGUCACACAAGUAUACCAUAUGCAGAUGAAGAAAAUGAGGUAGCAAAAUAUGAGGAAAAUCCUCUUCCAAACUUGACUACAAGUCAUGCCAAGCCAAGUUCAGAAGAUCCUGGUCAUACUGAAACUGAUCUGGAAUACAAUAAUGACCUCCAGAAAGGAAGAACUACUAGUGGCUCAGCCAUUGAAAAGGGAGCAAAAUCAAAAUAUGGACUUGAUUAUGCUGUGAAAAUCAAGUUUGUACCAAGUUUAAAGGAAAACCCAGGCCUUCCUGUUUCAUCUUCUGAAUGUGCAAAAUAUAAAGAUGUCUGUACAAGAUCACAACAAUUUUUAAUGCUAAUGGAAAACCUCCAUACAAAAGUUGAAACUGAAUAUGAUGAAAGAGAUGGCACUUUAAAAAUUCAAUUCACAUAUCCUUUUGAAACAGUUGACAAAAUGCUUUUUCAGAAAUGGGAAAAGAAUUGUAAUGAUAUCCUGAAUGAAUGUGUGGAAAAUACAGUGUAUGUUACUGUAGAGGUACAGGAGAGAAAAUUAAAACAAGUUGAAGAAUUUUUUAGAUCAGAUGAUGCAGUGAAAAGAAAGGAAAUUCAGGUGACUAAAGCUCAGUGUGCUUCAGGUUGUUGCCUACUUGGGUAUGGAGAAAGUGUAUAUGACUUAAUUGAGAGAUUGUUCAAGAAAUUUAGAAAUCUGAAAUUAAUUGAUCCUGAAGCAAACCAACAACUGGGCAUUUCAUGUGUACCAUUAGCUAAAAGGUUUCUUUGCAUUGCAAAAGCCUUUCAAGCUAUUAAAUUUGAAUUGCCAAUUCAUAAGGUUCCAAAUGUGAAAGCAUAUUACAGUGAAGAGGAAGUCAAGCUCCUUGGAAAUGUUAUAGACAUGGAGGCUGCAAUUGAGGCUGCAAAGAAUAUGCAGUGGCUUGAAGCACUUUUUAAGAAAGAUGUUCAGUUCAAAGAAGAGGUAAUGUCUUUCCUACAAAGGCCUGGUGUAGAAGCAUAUAUUGACGAAGUCAUUGCUAAAGGAGGAUUGGGAUCCUGGCGUCUCAUUCCUGAUCAACAAGGCAAAAAAAUUGUAAGAUUAUACAGCCCAUCAGAGGAAAGCCUAGCACAAUUAAAGGAUUGCUUUAAGAGCUCAUUUGAUAAAAGAAAGAUCCUCAUUUUAAAGCCAGACAAAUUUGCAGCAUCACUCUCUAGCUGGAGAAGCACAGCAAAACAACUUGAAAAAGAUACAGAGACAAAAUUUUUCAUGUCUGAGCAACAGAAGACUGACAACACUUUAGAAUUGUCACUGAGGUUUACAGCUGAUCUCAGUUCUAACAAAAGUGUUCAAGAUUUUAUUGAGGAAAUAAGAGCAGAAGUUUUGAAGGAAGCUGAAGAAGAAUCAAUUGAAGAAAGUGAAACUGACAAAAUUGAUUUAAGUCCCAUGUUGUACAGGUAUAUCUGCAAGUACAAAUCUAAUCAAGUACAAGAGGUUGCCAACAAUGAAAAACUCGAUUUGCACUUCCAAGAUGCUGGAUACAAAAUUGUGGUCGAAGGUUCAAACUGUGCUAUAGAGUUUUUUAAACAAUAUUUUGCAAAUUUCCCAUGGAGCAAAAAAUGCAUUUUUUUACCAGAGAGCAUUGUGAAAUUAGCCACAGAAUCAUUUUGUAGGAGAUAUGAAUGCUUGGCUGAAAUAGAUUCUUUUCAAAAAAGUUCACAAAUCCAAUAUUUAGGAGAGCUGGGCUUUGUUAUAAUGGUUUGUUGCUUUGAAACCAUUGAUGAUUUGCAUAUUGAUAUUACACUGAAUGUGUCUACAGUGUCACAAGGCUGGGAUUUUCAAGGUUUCAAUCAUGCCCAGUUUGAGGGAAGUCACAUAAGAGUUGAUGUGCAGAUUCCAGAGCAUUGUGAUGAAGGCAAGGAGCAGCACAAAGCACAUGAGAUCUUUCAGGCCAUUUUUACUAAAAUGAUGCAGACAAAGAAGAGAUCAUUGCAUAUCCCUAUGAAGAAUAUUGGAAAUUGGCCUGUUAGAAAGUUUGUCAAAUGUGUUUUGUUUUCACUUGGAAGACUAUCCCAAGAAAAUACAUUUCAGGUUAUAUUCUCUGACAAGGAUCCAAGGAGGUGCAACAAAAUGAUCUUUGCUUUGAAUGAAUCAGUGAAUAGGACCACACAAGGAAAUAAAUUGGUGGAGUUGAAUGUUGUUAAAGGGGAAAUUGCAAAGGCAGAUGCUGAUGUGAUUGUCAAUACAACCUCCAAAGACUUUAAUUUAUCACUGGGAGCAGUGUCAAGCUCUAUUAUGAAAGAAGCAAGAGGAAACAUACAGUUAAAUUUAAAAGGCAAAACAGCAAAUUAUGGUGAGAUAUUGGUUACAGAUUCAUACCAUCUUAAGUGUAAGAAAGUCUUCCAUGGAGCCUUGAAGUCAUGGACAACAGAUCCCAAGGAAGAAAAAGAAUGCUUAAAGGUUCUUAGACAAUUUGUCACGAAUUGUCUAGGCAAAGCCAGCGAGCUAGGAUACUCGUCAAUUGCAUUUCCUGCCAUUGGAACUGGACGGAUUGGAAUUCCCUCAGAGGAAGUGGUGAAACAUGUCAGCGAUGCAAUACACACAUUUAUGGAUGAAAACUCGCAUAGCAGUUUGAAGAAAAUUACCUUCAUAAUAUAUUACAAAGAUCAAGAAACAUUUAAGACAUUUGAAAAGCUUAAAGGAACAAUGAAUACAGGUAGGACUCAGUACAUAUUUUAA